GUCUUGAAGAACGUUGGAGAAACGCUUCGUAAUAGAAGAAGAAGAGGUAGAAACUAGAAAACGCUACUUCUUUUGAAAGUAUGUUACCAUACAGACGAUACAGUACUAAACAAUACUCAACAGGAGUAAAUUGCGCAUUUCUCCACAGCUUUGUCUGUUAACCGUGAUUUGUCAUUUGUGUGGUAGUGUAUUUUGUCAGACAGAGGGAGAGUCGAAUAUGAAGGCCUCGGAGGUCAUUGACUGGAAAAGGCUUGAUGCUGAAGCAAAGUUGUCUAACUGGACGCUUACAGAAGCGGCAUUUAAGAGUCAUUCAUUGCAAAAAUAUUUUAAACAUGAUGACUUGAAAAAGGAGAAAAAUGACAUCAAACAAGAUAAAGAUAGUGUCUCCUGUGACUUUGCAGUACCAGAACCUCACAUUUCAUAUCCCAAAAUAUCAGAUUUGUCCAUUGAGGAACACAAAUAUUUUCUUGAUGUCUACAAAGAAUAUAUUACUGGGAAAGAAAUUAGCUCCGAGAAUCUCAAUAAACUACAGAAUCUUAUGUGGAGGUUAUCAUCAGAACAAGAAGAUUUCCAGGUGUUUCUUCAACAACAAUCCUUGUCAAUGAAAGAUGACUAUAACUUCCUUCAUCCACAAGUUAAAAAGAAAAUUGAGAAUCUACUUGAAGCUCAAAGAUGCCUGGUUCAGCAAGAUUUACCUCGGUUAUACACCCUCUUUCAAACAGUUGGACUGUCUUCUGGUGCAGUUUUUCCAAAUGAUCCAAUUCUUUCUUAUAAACAAACAUUGAAGCAGUCAUCAGGACAAAGUUUGUUAACUUUACCGAAUAUCGAAACAAAAUAUCAGUUAUCUCAUGAAACCAAGGAGACUGAUGCUACGAUUCAAUGUCAGAUCUACGAAGAUUCAACAGCAUGCGCCUUCGCCACCGACAACGGCGCUCAUUUUGUGUUGACUGAUAAAGCAUUGCGAACUUUGAUUGACAAUCAUCCACCAGAUUACGAGAACGACUGGGAACUACCAAUUACUGUUAUUGAUCAGUCACAAGGCUCCAAAAUGACGACUUCCGAAUGCCUAAAGUCAAUUAUGAUCGACGACCCUUUGCCCUCGAAAUCUAUGAAUCCAAGAGAAGCAAAUAUCGUGUACUACCACAGCGAGGUGUGUAGUAUUUUAAAGAAAGUCAUGGACAACCACAGUGCUUCAUCUACCACUGACAAGUCUAAGAAGCCAGUCGAUAUAGAGAUGCAGAAGACGGCGGAUAUGGCCUGUGAUUCAGUUAUCUGUGAAAAUCAUUUGGAACUUAAUGUCGAAAGUCUUAAAAACUCCAGGGGAAAUGUAGUGUCAGAAUGUAGUGUCGGUGAUAACGAAAAACAAACGAGCUUUGCUGAAAACAUUGUUGGUCAGAGCAAGGGUUGUACAGUGUGCCAAUUCACUUACAGUUUAUGGAUAUUUGGUAAUUUAAACCUUUUAAUCCGCACAGUUGAUUGUGGUUUGAUGUAUCAAGCAAAUAAAUCUGGCAAAGGUUCUUUACACCCAGUCAAUGUAUUUGUGAAACCUGAAUAUCAGCUGUCGUACGGAUGUGAAAAGAUAACAACGAGUGAAGCUUCAAAGUGGUGGAUUAAUACUUACAUCAAUCCAGAUUCCCUCUUGAUUUGUGCCAGGAUUAAUCCUAUAACAGCGGAGUUGUUAAAAAUGGAUGUCCUAAAUCAAUCAAACAUUUUAACUCUUUCUUCCUUUGAUCCCGCUAAACCAAUGAAAAUGAUUCAUGGCAUUCUAACGCGAUUGGAGAAAAUAUUGAGACCUGGAAAAUAUAUUUUAUCUCAUGCGGCUAAAGAUAUACACAUUUGUGUGUAUGAAGUUAUCGAUGAUGGAAAUGAUGGAAAGGCAAAGACGGCAAACUACGAUCUUCAUAACGCUCACUCAAAACACACGUUGACUGAGUAUGAGAAAUUUGUACCAUGGGUACCUCUUGAUCCUAACAUAUUCCUAGAUUGGCACAUUGCAAAUCACCGUAUACCUCUAACAUUCCCACCUGUAUCUAACCAGGAAUUAAAUAAAAUACAGACGAGAAAUCGAGGUAAAAAGAAGGGAAAAAAAGGUAAAAAUACUAAGCUUAGCAGAGGCAAAGGAAAUCUAACAAAACCAAGAAUGAAACCAUCAAGAACAAGAACAUCUAACAAAAAAUCCGAUGAAGCCAAAAAGAGUGAGAAUCAAGUCGAAAAGGAAGAUGAUAUGGGCAUCGCACAGCGUCUUAGGAGCAGAUCUAAACCCUUGACUUACGAUGAUAUUGACUUUGAUUUUUAAAUUCUUUAUUUCUCUCAAAUUACAUUCUCC